AUGGAUGUAGAUAUUGAAGAAGCCACAGGAGGAGAUGGAGAGAACAUUGAAGAGGUCAUCAAUGCAGAAGAAUCUAUAGAUGAUGAAGAACGAGUAGGCGACGUGAAGGAUGAUUUGGUGAGCAAGAUUAAAACUAAUAUUGAGUUUCUUGAUCAGAUCAGCGAUUAUAGACGAACACAGCUGAAAGAAUGCUUCAACCUCGUCAGGCGUUUAAAGAUUCUUAUUCCGUUUAUGGAUGAGAUUAGAGGCUCUGAUGAAUUCCCCUCUCCAGAAUGUUGUAUGCAUUUUUUGUAUCGUUUGAGGAAAGUUAUUUUGGCGGCAAGAAAAUUGUUGGAAACUUGCAAUAAUGGUAGCAAAAUAUUUCUGGCAUUGGAUAGUGAAACAAUAAUGUCUAGAUUUCAUACAAUUUAUGAAAAGCUGAAUCGUGUUCUUGUUAAGACUCCUUUUGAUGAAUUGAGGGUUUCUGAUGGAGUGAAAGAUGAGGUUAUUUCAUUGUGUAAACAAUUGAAAAGAGCAAGGAGAAGAACAGACACACAAGACAUAGAGCUAGCAGUAGACAUGAUGGUGGUGUUUUCAAAAACCGAUCCUCGAAAUGCAGAUAGCGCUAUUAUAGAAAGGCUUGCGAAAAAGCUUGAGUUACAAACAAUGGAUGAUCUGAAGAUGGAAACAAUAGCCAUAGAAACCCUAAUCCAAGAAAAAGGAGGGUUGAGCAUAGAGACUAAACAACAUAUCGUUCAGCUUCUUAAUAAGUUCAAAAAGCUUCAAGGUGUUGAAGCUACGGUCAUUCACUAUGAACCUGUUAUCAAUAAAUCCACAUCCUUAAUACUACCACACGAGUUUUUGUGUCCAAUCACACUUGAAAUAAUGCAUGACCCGGUUAUCAUCGCCACUGGACAGACAUAUGAAAAGGAGAGUAUAGAGAAGUGGUUUGAUGCAGGACAUAAGACAUGUCCAAAAACCGGACAAACUCUUGAUCAUCUCUCCCUAGCUCCCAACUUUGCAUUAAAGAAUAUAAUCUUGCAGUGGUGUGAGAAGAACAAUUUCAAGAUUCCAGAGAAAGAAAUGUCUUUACAACCGGAAAACGACUCAGAGGAGCAGAAAGAUGAGGUAACUUUGCUGGUGGAAGCACUAUCGUCAAGCCAAUUAGAAGAACAAAGAGAAUCAGUGAAGCAAAUGCGUUUACUCGCUAGAGAAAAUCCAGAGAACAGAGUUUUAAUAGCUAACGCAGGAGCCAUCCCUUUACUAGCUAAACUUCUUUCUUACCCUGAUUCUGGAAUCCAAGAGAACGCUGUAACCACUUUGCUGAAUCUAUCCAUCGAUGAGACCAACAAGAAACUCAUCUCAAACGAAGGAGCCAUUCCAGACAUUAUUGAAAUUCUUCAAAAUGGGAAUAGGGAGGCAAGAGAGAACUCUGCUGCAGCUUUGUUUAGUUUGUCAAUGCUUGACGAGAACAAAGUAACAAUAGGAUUAUCAAAUGGGAUCCCACCGUUGGUGGAGUUACUUCAGCAUGGGACAUCAAGAGGGAAGAAAGAUGCUCUCACUGCACUCUUUAACUUAUCACUUAACUCAGCUAACAAAGGGAGAGCUAUUGAUGCUGGUAUAGUUCAACCGUUGCUACAACUUCUGAAAGAUACAAACCUAGGCAUGAUCGAUGAAGCGCUUUCGAUUCUUUUGCUUCUUGUCUCGCACCCUGAGGGACGUCAAGCCAUUGGACAACUCUCAUUUAUUGAGACUCUUGUGGAGUUUAUUAGACAAGGCACACCGAAGAAUAAAGAAUGUGCGGCAUCAGUGUUGCUUGAGUUAGGCUCUAACAAUUCGUCUUUUAUCCUGGCUGCACUUCAAUUUGGCGUCUAUGAAUAUCUUGUUGAGAUAACCAGGUCCGGAACAAACAGAGCUCAAAGGAAAGCAAAUGCACUUAUACAACUCAUAAGCAAAUCUGAACAGAUUUGA